GUCGGAGCUUUUUACUCUGAUGUUUAGAGAGACUGAUUGCUUGUCCAGAGCUCUCGGCUGUUGUCAGAGGGACUCCAGUAACUGGUGAUUUCCCGUCAGUGAGGUAGCAGCCAGCCCCCUCUGGUGCUCAAAGGAAAAUUGCUGCAGAGGGACAGGAAAUCAGACCUACGGAAGAGCUGAUGCUGGAGGCCUAGGGGAAGACGGGAGCAGAUGCGCAGGCGCACAGACUUGGAGUUCCUUCAUAAGAUAGUUGAUGGCAUAUGUGGCCGCGCAUAUCCUCGAUACCAGGAUUAUGGUACUAUUUGGAACUUGAUGGAGUGGAUGGAGGUUUUAGAAGAAACAAUGGCAUAUUUCAAAAGCACAGUUGGCAAAAACAUAUCUGAUGAAGAGGCUGUUCAACAGAUGAAUGAGUUAAAUUCAAACUAUCAAGAAGCAAUCACAAAAUGUCUAAAAGGCAGAAAAGAAGAAAUCAGGAAUGCACUAGUAGAAAGAGUAAAUGCAAUCUCUUCUGCCCAGCUGCAGGAUUUUGACUGGCAGUUAAAGCUUGCUCUCUCCAGUGAUAAAAUCUCCAUGCUGCAAAUGCCGCUUAUCAAUCUUGAUUUGGAUGUGAGAGAAAAUGGUGAAAUUAAACCAAUCUCUGUAGAAAUGGAUAAGGAAGAAUUACAGAACCUAAUAAAUGCAUUGGAAGCUGCUAAUAAGGUUCUCUUGCAACUGAAAUGACGACAUUCAGACAAUUGACAGCAUCUGCUGGCGCUGGCUCCACGAGUGACUUGGAAAAAUAA